CACCCUCAGAGAGUAUAAAAGGCUAGUAGUCAUUUUUACAAGACUUCGCUUGGAGAAGUUCAGGAAUUGGGUUUCGUCAACAAGGCGAGGAAGAACCGAAGGACCUUCGUGAAAAUGUCCGCUCAAGUUCCUUCCGAACAGAGCAAAGCGAAAAAUUCAAAAUUUAAACAGAAAUUUAAGCAGCAGAGACUCCCAGCAUGGCAGCCGAUCCUCACAGCUGAUACAGUCCUUCCAGCAUUUUUCCUCAUUGGUCUUCUGUUCAUCCCCCUGGGGGUGGCUCUUCUCUACUUCUCAGAAAAUGUACAAGAGUUCCAGUUAGAGUACACAGAUUGUGAGAGCAUCUCCCAUCAGUUAGCUGAUGGAACAAAGAGGCAGUGUAAGGAAAUUAUAAAAGAAACUACUGAUGUCUGCACGUGUCGCAUUAACUUCAACAUCUCAGAAACUUUUGAAAAGAAUGUUUACCUUUACUACGGCUUAGAUAACUUCUACCAAAAUCAUCGUCGCUAUGUUAAGUCUAGGGAUGAUGACCAGUUGUUGGGAAGAGUAAACCCUACUGUUAACAGCGACUGCAAGCCUUUUGCAACUGAUACUGAUGAUAAAAUCUUUGCACCCUGUGGAGCAAUUGCCAACUCAAUGUUUAAUGACACGUUGAGGUUGUUCCGGAAGAAGGACGAUGAAAACAUAAAGUUGAUCAAGAAAGGCAUUGCUUGGCCCUCAGAUAGGAAGUUGAAAUUUAGAAAUCCUGAAGGAGCCUUGAAUGAGACUGGUGCAUUCAAAGACACUGUCAAGCCUCUCUACUGGACUCGUAGUGUAUGGGAGCUUGACCUAGAUGACCCUGAUAAUAAUGGCUAUAGGAAUGAGGACUUGAUUGUCUGGAUGCGCAGUGCAGCUUUUCCCACCUUCCGUAAACUGUACCGCAAAAUUGACCACAGCCAGGAGGGCUUUAUCAAUGGACUCCCUGCAGAUCGUUACUAUUUGGAGGUUGACUACAAUUACCCAGUGGAUUCAUUCGGUGGCAAGAAGCGAAUGAUUCUCUCCACAACUAGCUUCUUGGGUGGCAAAAAUAACUUCCUUGGUAUUGCCUACAUCACAGUGGGAGCUAUUUGUCUCCUGCUUGGGAUCAUUUUCCUUAUUAUCCACAUCAAAUUUGGAAAGAGGGCUGGUGAUCAGCUGAGUAUAAACCAGAACACGCCAUACAGUGACUAGAAGAAUUUUGUUUCAUAUGAAGUCAUAUCUUAUUGUAAAAUUUCCAAAGAAAUGGAAGAGUUUCAGUGUUGGUAAUAACAAUUCGGAAACACGGUCUCUUUCAUUUUUUUAUUUAUUUGACUAUCAUUUGUGAUACCUGGAUAAAGUGAGUUUGUUUUAGAUUCUCAAAUGCAGGACCAAAGAACUAUGUGAGUACCAGUGAUAGAUAAGCUUUUUUCUUCUUAUGGAUUUUUUUUAAUAAGAAAUCCCAGAUAAUUUCUGUAUAGCACAUUCCCUUUUAAUAUAUUUGCUGGGUAAGGUGACUUUUUCAGCAUCAAAUUUUAUAAAUUGCAGUUUAGUUAUUUAUUAUAUAUCGUAAAAUUGCAAGCCAUAGCAUUUAGGGAAAAAGUGAAAUCUGUUAUUUGUAUAUCACAAUUUAGAGGUUCAUUAGGUGGCUCUUGAUGGUACUUGAUACGUUUAAAUGCUUCGUGAAAGGUAAGGAUAUUUCUUAUGAAGCUUUCAAGUCGGCUUUACCCUCAUAGCUUAUAAAAUUGCCCCAAGUAUUGCCCUGCAUAUGCUAAGAAAUGGUUUAUUAUGAAAAGAUAUAGCAGAAGUAAAGAUAAAUUAGUUGCAUAUUUUAUUAUAAUUUUUAUGAAAGGGUGCAUUGAGAAAUUUUCUUCUUUUUUCCCCAUUUUUCAUAUUUCAUCUCAGGGUUGAAUUAGAGAUUAAAAUGAACUUAACUUUUAUUGAUUAAUACAGACUAUGAUGCCAUCACCUCAAAAUUAUGUUGCCAUUUGUCCGAGGAUAGGUUGUACUUAAUGAUUAAGAAGAUAAUAUUUGAAUAGUUACUAUGAGACUCGGGUAUUGGGGUUUUGGGUGCAUUUGAGGCCACCUUGAAUAUUGGUUUUAGUAGAUGGUAGACACUAGCCUUUGGUUCAUUGUAUUUUCAUAGGUCGAUUCUUGUUUAUUUCAUUAUUGGUAUUAAAAAAAAAUAUAUAGGAGUUCUACACAUGUGGUAAUGAAGUUAAGUAUUAUGUUCUUAAAUAAUUGCUUUAUUAUUGAUAAGGAUCUUCUGAUUAUUUAUUUUGCCAAUAAUUUUUUUUUUUUUUUAUAAGGUCUUGAAAAGGGAUCAGUAUUAUUUCUUUCUGGAUAUGCUAUGACUCUGAUUUUUAUUUAGUUUGGGUGAAGUGGCCUUAAAUAUUAAUUUUAUGAUAAAGCAAAAAAGAGAAAAAAAAAAAAAUUGUAAAAAAAACAAAUUGAUUCUUCACAGAAAUGUGAAGAUAAAUGAAGCAUAUUCACUGGUGCUUUACUCCUAAUAUUUUUUCCUUAUGGCACCUGAAAAUUUCUGUUUCAAAAUCUUUCAGACACAUAAAGAAUAAAAGACUUGAUUGGAUUUAGCUUGCAGUGGAAUAUUUGUAUAUAUGUAUGGAGAUACAUACAUAUAUACAUACAUAUUUACAUGCUUAUAGGUAAUCAUAAAAUAUUUUUUUGUAUUCUGAAAUUUCAUUGCACAUAAUUUGAUUUUUAUCUUUAAAAAGUCAGAACAAAUACAUAAAAUAUAAGUAUUGUGGCUAAUAUUAAUUUUCAUUAUAGCUUACAGCUGUAAAUGUAUAUAAGAAUAUAUAACCAGUUCACAGUGCCAGUAUAAAUAUUCUAUUAUUAUAUGUGAGAUACAUAGCACAUGCAAUUUAUGUUGAGCUGUGGCAAGAAGUAUGCUUGUUAUGGGUGGACAUUACUAGGUCACUUAUCAGAAUGUGUAGGAACUUGCUAUCAUACUUCUUGCAACACAACUUAACCUUACAUGUUUUUUUUAUUUUUAUUAUUAUCAUAAUUAAUAUUAUAUAAAUAGUUUUUAAUAAUUUUUAGCAGACUGAAAAUAUUAUAGUCAUUGGUCAUUUUCCUGUCAACUUUUCCUCAUUUGCAUAUGGUAUAUAUCAUACAAUGUGAAGACUUUUGUGUUUGUGAUAUGUAUAGCAAAAAAUACAAUAGUUUAUUUCAUCAGUCUAUUUAAUGUAAAACAUAUAUAUUCUUGUUGAAGCAAUGUGGUAGUAGUUAGUGUUGUAAAAUGUUGCAUUCCAUAUAUUAGAUGUUAUAAAAUAUUUAUGGUCACUUGACUAAAGGAUUUCAUGUAUUCGUAAGAUAAGAUUUAAAAUUUCUAAGGUAAUACAAGAAAAUUCUGAUUUCAGAUUCAAAAAUGUGUAAAAAUAAAUUCUGACUAUCUGUUGUCACGAAGGUUAGAAAUUUUUUCACCUUUUCCUUUGUUUGAUUAUUUUCUAUUUAUUUGAAUUUAUAUGUUCACUUCAUUUCUUGUGUGUCUGAUUUAUGAAUUUGAGGAGUGUAAUUGUUUCAUCUAGUCCAAUAAAGUCUGUUGUAUGAAAA